AUGGCCGUGUCCACCCUGUCUGUCGGCUCCAGCGACCUGACCUACAGCAGCCGUGUCUGCCUGCCCGGUUCCUGUGACUCUUGCACUGACUCCUGGCAGGUGGACGACUGCCCAGAGAGCUGCUGCCAGCCCUCCUGCUGUGUCCCCAGCUGCUGUCAGUCCUCCUGCUGUGUCCCCAGCUGCUGCCAGCCCUCCUGCUCUGUCCCCAGCUGCUGCCAGUCCUCCUGCUGUGUCCCCAGCUGCUGCCAGCCCUCCUGCUGUGUCCCCAGCUGCUGCCAGCCCUCCUGCUGCACCUGCUCCCCUAGCCAGCAGUCUUGCUGUGUGUCCAUCUGUUGCACACCUGUCUGCUGUAAACCCGCCUGUUGCACACCCAUCUGCUGCAGGCCCCUCUGUUGCACACCCGUCUGCUCUGGGGCCGCCCCCUGCUCCUCGUCCUGCUGCAGACCCUCCUCCUGCGUGUCCCUCAUCUGCCGCCCCGUGUGCAGGCCCGCCAGCUGCGUGCCCAUCUCCUCCUGCUGUGCCCCCACCUCCUCCUGCCAGCCCAGCUGCUGCCGCCCGACCUCCUGUGUGUCUGUCAUCUGCCGCCCCGUGUGCUUCCGCACAGCCUGCUGCGUCCCCACCUCGGCCCAGAAGUCCUGCUGCUGA